GCCCAGGCUGAGCCCGGGUGGAACAAGGAUUAAGCGCUGGAAGAAAGAGGAGCCAGGCAGGAGAGCUCGGCAGGCAAUCCGCCGAGCGCAUCGGGCGCCUCUGGGCGGCCGGCAAUCCGCAGAUCCGAGUGGACCCCAGCGGUCUGCAGCAUGCGCCCGGUCUGUUAAGUCCCCGGAGUUCUGCCCUCACCUAGCUCCUCGGAUCCCGCCUGGAUGGCGUGCACUCUGGGUUCCCAUUGGCUCCUGUGAGUGCUUGGGUGUCGGGAGCUUGUUUUCGGCGAAGGGAACCAACUUUUGAAGUUCGCCCCUAAGACUGCGUUCCAGCCCCAGCUCCCAGGCAGCCAGACCCGGCGGAGGCGCGACCGCGGCUGGAGUCACCAUGGGAAGCAAAGGAGCCUACCGGUACCACUGGCAGAGUCACAAUGUCAAGCACAGUGGCGUGGAUGACAUGGUGCUGCUCUCGAAGAUCACAGAGAGCUCAAUCGUGGAGAACCUCAAGAAGAGAUACAUGGACGACUAUAUCUUUACAUAUAUAGGAUCCGUGUUAAUCUCCGUCAACCCUUUCAAGCAUAUGCCGUAUUUUGGGGAAAAAGAAAUUGAAAUGUACCAAGGAGCGGCACAGUAUGAAAAUCCACCUCAUAUUUAUGCACUCGCAGACAGUAUGUACCGAAACAUGAUCAUCGACAGGGAGAACCAAUGUGUUAUCAUCAGCGGUGAGAGCGGUGCUGGUAAGACAGUGGCUGCAAAAUACAUCAUGGGCUACAUCUCCAGAGUGUCCGGAGGAGGCCCCAAGGUCCAGCACGUCAAGGAUAUCAUCCUGCAAUCUAACCCACUGCUGGAGGCCUUCGGGAACGCCAAGACUGUACGCAACAACAACUCCAGCCGAUUUGGAAAAUACUUUGAAAUCCAGUUCAGUCCAGGUGGGGAGCCAGAUGGUGGAAAGAUCUCCAACUUCCUUCUGGAAAAGUCCAGGGUGGUGAUGAGGAACCCUGGAGAGAGAAGCUUUCACAUCUUCUACCAGCUCAUUGAGGGGGCCUCUCCAGAGCAGAAGCAAAGCCUGGGCAUCACCAGCAUGGAUUAUUAUUACUACCUGAGCCUCUCGGGGUCCUACAAGGUUGAUGACAUUGAUGACAAGCGGGAGUUCCAGGAAACCCUGCACGCCAUGAAUGUGAUUGGGAUCUUCGCAGAAGAACAGACACUAGUGUUGCAGAUUGUGGCAGGAAUUCUCCAUGUGGGAAACAUCAGCUUCAAAGAAGUGGGCAACUAUGCGGCGGUGGAGAGUGAGGAGUUUUUGGCUUUUCCUGCAUAUCUGCUGGGCAUAAACCAAGACCGGUUAAAAGAGAAGCUAACGAGCCGGCAGAUGGACAGCAAGUGGGGGGGUAAAUCAGAAUCCAUCCACGUGACCCUCAAUGCAGAGCAGGCUUGCUACAGCAGGGAUGCACUUGCCAAGGCCCUGCACGCCCGCCUCUUUGACUUCUUGGUGGAUUCCAUCAACAAAGCCAUGGAGAAGGACCAUGAGGAAUACAACAUUGGAGUCCUGGACAUCUAUGGCUUUGAAAUAUUCCAGAAAAAUGGCUUUGAACAGUUCUGCAUCAAUUUUGUUAAUGAAAAAUUACAGCAGAUUUUCAUUGAGCUGACAUUAAAAGCAGAACAGGAGGAAUACGUUCAAGAGGGAAUAAGAUGGACUCCCAUUGAGUACUUCAAUAACAAAAUCGUGUGUGACCUCAUAGAGAACAAAGUGAACCCUCCGGGGAUCAUGAGCAUCCUGGAUGAUGUGUGCGCCACCAUGCAUGCCGUGGGGGAGGGUGCUGACCAGACACUGCUGCAGAAGCUCCAGAUGCAGAUUGGGAGCCACGAGCACUUCAACAGCUGGAACCAAGGCUUCAUCAUUCAUCACUAUGCCGGGAAGGUUUCCUAUGACAUGGAUGGCUUUUGCGAGAGGAAUCGGGAUGUACUGUUCACGGAUCUGAUUGAACUUAUGCAAAGCAGUGAGCUACCUUUUAUAAAGUCUUUAUUUCCUGAAAAUCUGCAAGCUGACAAGAAAGGGCGUCCAACUACUGCAGGAAGCAAAAUAAAGAAACAAGCCAAUGACCUUGUGAGCACGCUGAUGAAAUGUACACCCCACUACAUCCGCUGCAUAAAACCCAAUGAAACCAAAAAGCCCAAAGACUGGGAGGAGAGCAGGGUAAAGCAUCAAGUUGAAUACCUGGGUCUGAAAGAAAACAUUCGAGUGAGAAGAGCUGGCUAUGCUUAUAGGCGUGUCUUCCAGAAAUUUCUACAGAGGUACGCCAUUCUGACCAAAGCCACAUGGCCUGUGUGGAGAGGUGAGGAGAAGCAAGGUGUCCUCCAUCUGCUGCAGUCUGUCAACAUGGACACUGACCAGUUCCAGCUUGGGAAGAGCAAAGUGUUCAUCAAAGCCCCAGAGUCUCUGUUUCUUCUAGAAGAGAUGAGAGAAAGAAAGUACGAUGGGUAUGCCCGAGUGAUACAGAAAACAUGGAGAAAGUUCGUGGCCCGGAAGAAAUAUGUCCAAAUGAGAGAAGAAGCCUCAGACCUGCUGCUGAACAAAAAGGAGAGGAGAAGAAAUAGCAUCAACCGGAACUUCAUCGGGGACUACAUCGGGAUGGAGGAACAUCCGGAGCUGCAGCAGUUUGUGGGCAAGAGGGAGAAGAUUGACUUUGCAGACACGGUCACCAAGUACGACAGGCGGUUCAAGGGUGUCAAGCGAGAUCUGCUGCUAACUCCAAAGUGCAUGUACUUAAUUGGAAGAGAAAAAAUCAAGCAAGGCCCAGACAAAGGCCUGGUGAAGGAAGUCCUGAAGCGGAGAAUUGAGAUGGAGAGGAUCCUGUCUGUGUCCCUCAGCACCAUGCAGGAUGACAUCUUCAUUCUCCAUGAGCAAGAGUAUGACAGUUUGCUUGAAUCUGUCUUCAAAACAGAAUUCUUAAGCCUCUUAGCAAAGCGUUAUGAGGAAAAAACUCAGAAGCAACUACCUCUGAAAUUCAGCAAUACCCUUGAACUGAAGUUAAAAAAGGAGAACUGGGGUCCCUGGAGUGCAGGGGGCUCCCGGCAGGUGCAGUUCCACCAAGGCAUUGGCGACCUGGCUAUCCUCAAGCCCAGUAACAAAGUGCUGCAGGUCAGCAUUGGACCCGGGCUGCCCAAGAACUCCCGUCCUACCAGAAGGAAUACCGUCCAAAGCAGAGGGUAUUCUGGCAGAACUCAGAAUGCCAAUUACCCAAUGAGAGCCGCCCCUGCACCACCAGGAUAUCAUCAGAAUGGAGUCAUCAGAAACCAGUUUGUGCCACCUCCCCACACUCCUGGAAACCAGAGGUCUAAUCAGAAAAGCCUGUAUACCUCCAUGGCUCGCCCACCCUUGCCACGGCAACAGUCCACAGGCUCAGACCGAUUGUCACAGACGCCAGAGAGCCUGGAUUUCCUCAAGGUCCCGGACCAGGGUGCUGCAGGGGUCCGGAGACAAACAACCAGCAGGCCUCCUCCAGCAGGCGGCAGACCAAAGCCCCAGCCCAAGCCCAAGCCUCAGGUGCCACAGUGCAAAGCUUUAUAUGCUUACGACGCUCAGGACACAGAUGAGCUCAGCUUCAAUGCCAACGAUGUCAUUGAUAUUAUUAAAGAAGAUCCUUCUGGCUGGUGGACGGGUCGACUACGAGGCAAGCAGGGCCUGUUUCCAAACAACUAUGUGACCAAGAUCUGAGGUGCCCAAAGACUGAUGCAUGGGGCAGAGGUGCUCCAGGUGCAGACUGGGGAGGAGACAUUUGGGGACUCCCCAUCUGCUCCACAGUGAGCAAUUGCUGCUCCAAGGCCUGGAGCUAUUCUGGCACCUUCUCCAUGGAGGACACAGAAAAGCUUGGGUUAGGGACGAGGAAUAUCACUCUAUAAAUGAUCCAAAAAGGUAGCCUAAUUCCCAAAGGGCAAAAACAACAACCCACUGAGCUUUAUUUAUUGUAUUUAAGCCUGAUGAGAGAAGUUAGAGUCAUUCCGACCAGGUUGGUUUCUAUCAUACAGCCCUGCGCUCGCUCACCAGGUCCAGGGAAGAGCAGGUGGCCCUGACAAGUGCCUUUAGUUGAAGAGCACGUUUCUUUCAUUCCUAUUUUCCAUACCUGAUGCAUUCCUCUCUGCUAACCCUCCUUCAUGGAGGAGCCGCCCUCUGCAGGCCUGGCUUGGGAUGUACAUACCAGGCUGGCUUGGGAGCCCACAGGGGCAUGGCCUCAAGGACUACGGGCAGAGACUGGGCUGGGCGCUGGGCUGUCAGCCUUGCUUUCUCUGGGUCUUCAGUUGGAAUGUGGCUGGCCCAUGUUGGUUUUAUGUUUAAUGCUGUACUUAUAAGAUGGAUCUCUUUUUUUUCCAAGCUGUACAUUUAUAAAAAAAACAGAUCAUAUACUGUAUAUAGAAAAAUCUCAAGAUGAUAGAAACAUGUAUGAAUGCACUAAGUAGUAGCCCACUGUACCCAUUUGUAAAGGUAGGUUUCGUUACAGAACUCGCACCAGGUACUUACGGUCUCGCCCUCUCCUCAUCUACAGGAAUGUCACUGCUUUCCUGCGCAGUCUCCCGCUGACCCUUUGUAACCUUUCCCUGUGGGUAAUUGGUCCCUCUGCCACCUUCCC